GCUAGACCGGAGAGACAGAGAGACGCUCAGGACCCACGGGUGCGGUGACCCACGAUGGCCAAUGCCAGCAGAGACCUCAGCACCAGGAUGGUCAGCAAAGACCAGAACACAAAUGAAAGGAUUGUGCGUGAACUGCUAUUCAGCCACUUCAGAAGACAUAAAGUGGAGAUUUCAAACGCCAUAAAAAAGACAUUUCCUUUCCUUGAAACCCUCCAUGACCGUGAGUUCAUCAGCGACAAACUGUAUACAGACUGUCAAGAAUCAUGUAGAAACCUGGUUCCUGUACAAAACGUGGUGUACAAUGUCCUCAGUGAGGUGGAGAAGACAUUUGACUUGAAAUUUCUGGACGCGCUGUUCAGCGAAGUCCACAUGGAGGAGUAUCCAGAGUUACGCUCUGUUCAUAGUGACUUUCAAAAUGUGAUCCAAGCGAUAGCUCGUCACCCACAAGGUGAUGGAGCGGAGGCAGUGGAGCGGCCCGACAGCCAGCUGAGCCUCGAACAAGGGACUGGAGAAAGCGCCUGUCAAAGCCUCACCUGGCGGCCAGCGGACUCCUCAGCUCACACAGGUACAAGCCCGCCUGACAGCGGCGCCUCGGAGAGCUGCUUGGACACGGGAGAGGCCAGCGCCGGCCACGGCGACGGUGCCCCAGCGGGCCAGCAAGACCACGAACAGGGGGCCCAAGGUCCAGAGGUCCCGAACCAUGGACUCCAAACCAACUCCUGUUCUGUGUAUCUGGUGGAUGAAAGGAGGGAAAAGCAAUUUUUUGACUCAGAAGCUGAGCAGCAAGCUGAGUCAGGAGCUGGCUGUAACCAGGCAGCCAACAUCAUAGGUAAGGCCGGUGGGGAGUGUGUGGUGUGA